AUGUCAAUUCCAAGUUUUGCUACUUUAUAUUGGGAUGGAGAAAUCAUUAUGAAUGAUGAAGGCUAUGAAUAUUAUGGGGGUUCAUCAACCGUCAUUACUAUUGGUAAACGUAUGGAUUUUGGUACUUUAGGAAUGAAAAUUGUCCGUGGAAUUAAUCUUAAAGGUGGACAUGAAUUUAUAUCGAAAAUCUUAUUCAGACAACCCAUUGAAAAAAAUGGCUCAUUUAAAUGGGAUUGCAUGGGUUUGGCAAAUGAUGACGAUGUGAAUAUUAUGUUUAAUUUCAUUGAUGAAAUUGGAGGUAUGUCAUCGAUUGAAUUAUAUAUUGAAAUUUUUCGACCAUCUGCAAAUGUUGUUGAUGAAGCGGGCCCAUCAAAUAGUUGUUACACUAAAGCACGUAAGUGUACGGAUGAUUUUGAAUGCGCUAGCAAUGAUUAUUGUCCUGAUGAUGAUGAGGAUGAUGCGGAAUCUGAUGAAGAAUGGAUUGAUAGUGAUGACUGGGACAUGAAUGAGGAUGGUGGUCAUCAUAAUGAGUUAGUAGUAGAUUUGCCUUUUUACUAUAAUACUCAUGUUGCAAACCCAAUAAUGCCGCUUGUCCCUCCUCCGCCUUAUAGUGAAAUAGAUUUUUCAUUGCUAACGGUUGAUCCAUGGUCAACACCACAGUGUAGUUCAAUGUGGGAUCCAUUAAAAGAGUUUGAAUUAGGAAUGAUAUUCUCAUCUAGAGAGGAUGUCCAAAAAGCUGCCAAAGAAUAUCAUUUACAUAGGCACCAUGAGUUUUGUAAUGAGGAGACAAAGAAUAGAACAUAUGCCAUCAGGUGCAAAGACACAACGAGCAAUUGUAAGUGGAGAUUGCGUGCCUCACGAGGGAAAGGAAGUGAUAUAUGGAAAAUUACGCGAUAUAAUGGACCACAUACAUGUGUUAAUCCAUCACUGUCACAAGAUCAUAAGCAAUUGGAUAGCAAAUUUAUAUCUGAUUUCAUUCUCGCCAUUGUACGUGAACAACCCAAUGUGAAGAUAGGAGCGUUACAGUCUGAAAUAAAAGAUAAGAUUGGAUAUAUGCCAAGUUAUCGAAAGACCUGGAAGGCUAGGCACGAUGCAAUUAUUAAGAUCUUUGGUGAUUGGGACGAAUCUUACAGAAGGUUGCGACAAUUUAAGAUUGCUUUGUGCAAACAGAACCCUGAAAGUAUGUUCUUGAUUGAAGAUGAUCCUUUUUUUGUUAAUAAUAGAUUAGAUCCUGCUUAUCGGGUUUUCGAUAGAAUGUUUUGGGCAUAUAAACAAACAAUAGAAGGAUUCAAGAACUGUCGACCGGUUAUAUUCAUAGACUCAACUUUUUUAUAUGGAAAGUACAAAGGAUGUUUAUUUUGUGCAACAACACUUGAUGGUAAUAACCAUAUUUUCCCAAUUGCGUGGGCAAUAGUCGACAGUGAAAAUACAAGGAACUGGGAUUGGUUUAUGUCUUGUUUGAGGGUGUUUGUGACAGAUCGUAAUGGAAUAUGUGUUAUAUCAGAUAGACAUAUUGCCAUAAAAAAGGCAAUGAAUCAAGAUUGGUGGCAGCCUCCUGCUGGGCAUCAUCGAUACUGCUUAAGACAUAUCAUCAGCAAUUACAACACAAAGUUUAAGAAUACUAAUAUGAAAGAAGCUCUCCGAAAGGCAGGUUAG